CUCCUCUAGCCUGGCUUUCUCCCUCUCUGUGUGUCUCUCUCUCUCCCUCCCUUUCCCUCAUCUCAUUGUUUCAGAGUAGGCCAAAUUUGAAGUCCUUCCCAGGGAGUGGCCCUGUUCGUCUUAUUCUCCAGCCAAAGUAGAAACAGCGAGAGAAGGAGAGACACGUUCAGCAGCCAAAGGACUCGGUGGAAAGAGCAGAGAAAAAGUACACAAUAUGCUGCUCUUGGGACCCAAGGUGCUUCUGUGUCUCACUGCGUUCAUCAUCCCCUCUGACUGGACACCACUAGGAGCCAAUGGUCAACGAGGAGAUGAUGUGACUCCAGUGACUCCAGAAGCAUUCACAGAAGAUCCUAACCUGGUGAAUGAGCCCUCUACAGAUGAAACAGUUCUGGCCGAUAUCGAGCCUUCCACAGAUGACCUGGCUCCGGCCAAUGAUAAAAAUACCACAGCAGAUUGCCGGGAUGAAAAAUUUGCUUGCACGAGACUCUACUCGGUGCAUCGGCCAGUCAAGCAAUGCAUUCACCAGUUAUGUUUCACUAGUUUACGACGUAUGUACAUCAUCAACAAUGAGAUCUGCUCUCGUCUUGUCUGUAAGGAACAUGAAGUAAUGAAAGAUGAACUUUGCCGUCAGAUGGCUGGUUUACCCCCAAGGCGACUCCGCCGCUCCAACUACUUCCGACUUCCUCCCUGUGAAAAUGUGAACGUGCAGAGACCCAGUGGUCUGUGAUGAUCAAGGAAGAGGAAGGAAGAACAUGUGGGUGGGAGGAAGAGAAUGCUCUAACAAGAGCAACCAUUGUCAGCUAACCCAUAGACAUUAGUAGUUCUUAAACCAAUCCCUUUGUAGUGUCUAGCUUUGGCCCCCCACUCCCUGAUUUAUUACCCAGACCGGUAACAAAGUCUAUGUUAUAGCAUGGUUUUGCCGCUUCUCACUACCAUAGACAUAGUAGAUCAAUGAUAACCAAGUGGCUUAUGUACAAACAGUCUACAUACGGUUUCAAAGGAAAAUAAACGUGAGGUUCAUAUUUACAA